ACUUUGUGGAGAUGAUUCGCAACCUACAAGAAAAAUUCUAUAUGGAGGGGUAUUUUUCUUAUCAAAUCCGAGUAAUGGGUGGCAAAAUGGUUCUGUUAUCUGGACAGGACAAGGAGGAAGUGAAGGACUUAGUUGAAAUGGCUUCGGAUUGGCUGAGGCGUUGGUUUGAAGAAGUGAGGCCAUGGACACCACAGAUGACAGCAAAAGAGAGAUUUGUGUGGAUAAGGUGUCAAGGAGCACCACUGAAUGUCUGGGGAAGUGAAUUCUUUUCAACCAUGGGUAGUUCAUGGGGCAAAUUUAUUUGCUUGGAUGACAGUACAAGCAAGAAGGUGAGGUUUGACAUUGCUAGAUUUCUGAUUUCUUCGUCAAUUAUGGAGACAAUCAAUGUUACAAGGGAAAUCAAAAUCAAUGGAAGCUUGUUCAAACUGAAAUUCACAGAGGAGGAAUACACUAACUGCUUCUUCUCUUUGAAGCAAGAUUUUAGGCCUUCCUUUAGUAGUGAAUCUGAGGAUUAUGAAACAUGGUCCAUCGGUUCAGAAUCGGAGAUGCAGGACGAGGAAGGUGGAAGGAGGAAGGAGAAGGUUUCAGCCGGUUGUUCAACUGAAGAAGAUGAUGACGUAAUAGGACGUAAGAGAGAUGAAGAAAGAAGAAAUGAAGUCCAAUCCAGCAAGAAAGUAGGGGAUUGUGCAGAAGCUGUUGGUGACAACCUGGAGAAAAUUCAAAUUUCAAAUGUAUGUGUAAGAAGUAGGCGGUCAAGGGACGUGGCUACAGGUCAGACGGUGCAGGCCAAUGGUUCGGUAAUUGGAGAAUCAAAAACAGAAGAUUAUUCCAAUAAAAUGAAGCCCACUGAUUCGGGUUCCAGGCCCACUUCGAAGGGAGAAAAUCCAAUGGCAAUGGAGUCCACAAAUGUGGAUAUGGCCCAAAAAGAAACUUUAAUAGAGAACCCAAUUACAGUCCAAAACAGAGCCAUGUUGGGAACUGGAAAAUCUGCAGAAGGGAAGGGCGAUGAAGAAGAAGAUGCAUUCUGGAAGGGCCACGAAGCAGAGAGAAACCGAAUAGAAGAAUGGAUCGAGAAACAACUGGAGGAGAUCAACUCAAAAACUGGAAAAAGGAAGGAAGGGAAGGUUGCUGGAGAUUCAAUAGGGGACAGUGAGAUAAACAAUUGCAACAGGGCGUUGAAGAAACAAUGGCAAUCCCAACUUGCAAAGGAGACUUGGGACUUGGCGACGCAACUAGGGGCGGAGGCGGAGAAUGACAAUGAGGUGAUUCAACGAAUUGAGGAGAUGGAGGACAGAGAUCGAAGAUCAAAAAGGAGUAUGGUAAAACGAGAGGUUGAAGAUGGUGGGAAGGAUAUGGAUUGGGUUGCUAAAGCUUCUAAUGGAAUGUCCGGAGGUUUGAUAUGUAUUUGGGACACUAAAAUGCUGAAGAAGAAAGAGACCUUAGAAGGGGAUUUUAACGCUGUAAGGAGGGUUGAGGAAAGAGCAGGUUGUAAGAUGGUGUCCAAUGAAAUGAGGGAGUUUGAUGCCUUUAUCCAUAACAGUGAUUUGGUUGAUUUGCCUUUAAUAGGGAGGAAAUAUACCUGGUAUAAUUCAAAUGGGAAUCAAAUGAGUAGGAUUGAUAGAUUUCUGUUUUCAGAAGAAUGGUUAUCAAAGUGGAGCGAUUUGAAACAGUGGGGGUUGAGGAGGAAUGUAUCAGAUCACUGCCCUAUAAUGAUAAAAAAUGAGCAGGUCGACUGGGGUCCAAAACCGUUCAGAUUUUUUGAUGCUUGGCUGGAUCAAUCGGGAUGUAAGGAGGUGAUUAAGAGUGCAUGGUGUGACAACGAGGUGGACGGCUGGUAUGGAUUUAAAAUUAAAGAGAAGUUGAAAAGAACAAAGAAGGCACUAAAGGAGUGGAGUGGUAAAACCAACAGGGAGAUGGAUGAAAGAAUAAGGAAUGCAGAGUUAGUGAUUGCUGCUGUUGAUGAGAAAGGAGAGCAGCACCAGUUGUCAGAUAAUGACGUAGAGUUGAGGAGGAAAAGUUUUAUUGAACUGUGGGAGAAUUUAAAAAUUAAGGAGAGGAUGAGUCAACAAAAAUCAAGAAAGCAGUGGCUGAAGGAAGGUGACGCGAACACAAAAUUCUUUCAUAGAAGCAUCAAGGGAAGAUGGAGCAAGAAUGAGAUUAAUAGUGUCCGGAUAAAUGGGGAGCAGUAUACAGGAGUGGAGGUAUUAAAAAGAGAGAUUGCUAAAUACUUCCAAGACUUGUUCACAAAAGAAAAAUGGAGGAGACCGAAGCUAGAUGGAAUAUGCUUUAGGCAAAUCACAAAGGCUGAUAAUGAGCUCCUCACGGCUGCUUUCUCGGAACAGGAAAUUAAAGAAGCAAUAUGGAACUGUGACCCUUCCAAAUCACCAGGACCAGACGGAUUCAACCUCAGAUUCAUCAUGUCAAUGUGGGAUGUUAUAAAAGCUGAUAUUGUCAACUUUGUUCAGGAGUUCCAACAGCAUGGAGUCUCAUACAAAAUCAUUGCAAAGCUUCUAGUAAAUCGUUUGCGGAAGGUGCUGCCAAAGGUGAUUGGGAAGCAGCAGAUGGCUUUUAUAGAAGGAAGGCAUUUAGUGGACGGAGCAGUGAUUGCAAAUGAGGUUAUUGAUGAUGUCAAGAGGAAAAAGAAGAAGGGAUUUCUAUUUAAAGUCGACUUCAAGAAAGCCUACGACAAGGUAUGUUGGGAAUUCAUAGAAUAUAUGAUGACGAGGAUGGGAUUAUGUGCAACAUGGAGGAAAUGGAUUCAGGAGUGCUUGGAAUCGAGCUCGGUGUCUAUUCUUGUCAAUGGCAGUCCGACGAACCAAUUCCCAGUUAAUAAAGGCAUUCGCCAAGGAGAUCCAUUAUCCCCGUUCUUAUUCUUGAUAGUGACAGAGGGUUUGAAUGGACUAGUGGCAUCGGCAAUGGAAAAGGGGAGGUACAAAGGAGUGGAAAUUGGGAGCGGAGAUGUAAUGGUCACGCAUCUUCAAUUCGCGGAUGACACAAUCUUCUUUGGAGAUGCAACGGAAGACAACAUUUGGGUGAUCAAAUGUAUUAUGAGGACAUUUGAGUUAGCCUCGGGAUUGAAGAUUAAUUUCAGGAAGAGCCAGUUGAUCGGUGUGGGAGUUGAUCAAAAUUGGUGUGCUAAAAUGGCAUUUCAGUUGUGCUGUAAGGAGGGGAAACUGCCAUUUAAGUAUUUGGGAAUACCAAUCGGAGGGAAUCACAGAAGAAGAGCUAUGUGGCAGCCGAUGGUCGAGUAUAUUAGAAAGAAGCUAGCCAGCUGGAGGGGACGGUAUCUAUCUAUGGGAGGCCGCAUCACACUCAUCAAUUCAGUGCUGUCAAGUCUGCCAGUAUUUUUGAAGUCUAUCUAUGUUAUCCCAAAAGAUAUAAUCCAUUCCAUUGAUAAAUUGCGUAGAAGUUUUUUAUGGGGGGGGAAGGGAGAUGAGAGGAAAAUAAAUUGGAUUGGCUGGGAUAAAGUGUGUAAAAAAAAAGGGGAAGGAGGUUUAGGAGUGAGGGACUUGAGGAAAUUCAAUUUGGCAUUGAUGGGAAAAUGGUGGGGAAGGCUUGCAGAAAAUGGAGAGGGCAUGUGGAAAAAAAUUAUUGUUGCAAAAUAUGGAAAGGGAGGGGGGCAUUGGCAGGACUGGAUAGACGAAAGUAGAGGUGUAGGAUCAACUUGGUGGAGGGAUGUGUGUGGUAUAAAUGCAAUGGAUGGGGAAAGCAAUGGAUGGCUAAAAGAGGGAUUCAGGGUUAAGAUUGGGGAGGGUAAUACGAUCAGCUUCUGGUGGGACAAAUGGAAGGGAGAAGAGAGUCUAGCUAAUAUGUUUCCAAGAUUGUACUUGCUAGCUAUAGAUAAGACGAAGAUGUGCAGUGAAAUGGGAAGUAGAAUUAACGGUUUGUGGGAGUGGAAUUUAACUUGGAGAAGGAAUCUGUUCGAAUGGGAAAAAGAGGAGGCAAUGGAAUUACACAACUCGAUUCAAAAUGUGCAACUGUCACAAGGAUGCAUGGAUAGUUGGGAGUGGAUACACAACAAGGAUGGCCAAUACUCAACAAAAUCAGCAUAUUCAAUAUUGACGAAGGAGGGGAGGGUAGCAAUGGAAAUUACAGCCUUCAGUAGAAUCUGGAACUCUGUUCUGCCAAGCAAAAUUUCAGUAUUCAACUGGCAAUUACUACUUGACAGAAUUCCAACUAAGAUGAAUCUGUUGACAAGAGGGAUCAUCAAAGACAAUCAAGAUUGCAAAUGCGGAUUUUGUGGUGAGGAAGAAGAGGAUUCAAAGCAUGGUCCGAUGGAUAUGGAGGGCUUGUGCAAAAUGGUGGGAUAUUAAUGUUACUUUGGGAGCGGAUUGCUGGAAUACCUUUCAAGUGACUGGAAGAGAACUAAAAGAGAAAGGUGUCAGAGAAGGGUGGGAUUGCAUUUGGAAUUCUCUUGUGUGGACAGUGUGGCUGGCUCGAAAUCAAAAAACAUUCCAAGG